AUGGAUCUGCUGCUGGUGGUGAACACGAGCCUAGGCUCCCCCAACGAGUCCCUGGCGCUGCCCCCCUCCUCGCCCUCCUCCUCUGCCCUCCUUCAGCCGCCUUCCCCGUACUCCCCGGCGGCAGUGGCCAGCCUGGCAGCUGUGGUGGGCUUCCUCAUCGUCUUUACCAUCGUGGGCAACGUGCUGGUGGUGAUAGCUGUGCUUACCAGCCGGGCGCUGAGAGCCCCCCAGAACCUCUUCCUGGUGUCCCUGGCCAGCGCAGACAUCCUGGUGGCUACCCUGGUCAUGCCUUUCUCCCUAGCCAACGAGCUUAUGAAUUACUGGUACUUCGGCAAGGCUUGGUGCAACAUUUACCUGGCGCUGGACGUGCUCUUCUGUACCUCCUCCAUUGUCCACCUGUGUGCCAUCAGCCUGGACAGGUAUUGGUCGGUCACACAGGCGGUGGAGUACAACCUCAAACGGACCCCUCGGCGGAUCAAGGCCAUCAUCCUCACUGUCUGGCUCAUUUCAGCUGUCAUCUCCUUCCCACCAUUGAUCUCUGUCUACAGGGACCCUGAAGGAGACGUCUUUCCCCAGUGCAAGCUCAACGAUGAGACAUGGUACAUCCUUUCUUCUUGUAUUGGCUCUUUCUUUGCCCCCUGCCUCAUCAUGGUGUUGGUCUAUAUCCGCAUCUACCGUGUGGCCAAACUAAGGACCAGGACCCUCUCUGAGAAACGUACAAUGCCAGAGGGGUCCUCCCAGACUGAGAAUGGCUUGAGUCGUACUGCUGGCGGCUGCAUGUCCCUGAGGAUGCCUCUGGGAGAGAAUGGACAUUAUUCAGUGCACCACUGGCGCAAAGCCUCGGAGCUGGAGGACAUUGAGCUGGAGGAGAGCAGCACCUCAGAGAGCAGACGGAGGCGGAGCCGAGAGGAGCAUCCCCGCAAGAGCAGCAAGAGCCAGUCCUUCUCCUACUCCUUCUCCUCCAAGCACUCCAGCAGCCGGCUGUCCCGCUCCAGCAGUCGCUCCAUGCAGUUCUUCUCGUACCGCCGGCGCCGGAAGCGUAGCAGCAUCUGUCGUAAGAAAGUCGCCCAGGCCCGGGAGAAACGGUUCACUUUUGUGCUGGCCGUGGUCAUGGGGGUCUUUGUAGUUUGCUGGUUCCCUUUCUUCUUCAGCUACAGCCUCUAUGGUAUUUGCCGGGAGGCAUGUGAGGUCCCCGAGACUCUGUUCAAGUUCUUCUUCUGGAUUGGGUAUUGCAAUAGCUCCCUCAACCCAGUCAUCUACACCAUCUUCAACCAGGACUUCCGCAGGUCCUUUAAACACAUUCUGUUUAAGAAGAAGAAGAAGAACUUCUGGCAUUGA